UGACUGGCAACGUCUGUCCAAAGAGUAGUUAUCCUCAUCUCCCGACCUAAGUAUAUAAACUACUAUAAUAUUAGUUAUUACCACGAUUCUAUAGAACUAAAUAAACUUAAUAAAGUUUCUCAUGAUCGUGGAUAUUAAUUUAUUAUAACCUGUCUACUAUCGACUAUCGAGUAUCGACCGUGUGUUAUCACUUAUGCGCCGCUCAUCGACCAUUUAAGACGCGAUCACCGCGACGAAUGAUAAACUUUCAUAGGCUACAACUUCGAAACAGUCGAAACCAAGUUCGACUUCCAAAUUCUAACUUCACCAUAGUUUUCAGUGUAUCUAACUGCGUAAGUUUUUCAAAAUAAAGGUGGUCUGGUGCUAUUUGCAGGUAAUUUUUCUACAAAUCUUCAGAUGUUUUAUAGAUAGUGAACAUUAUGAUAGAACAUCAAUGUCUCUAAGACCUAGCACUAGUCGAGGAGAUGGUGGAUACUCUGAUCGUUAUGGUUUUAAUAAAAAGAUGAUAUUUAAACCAAAUGAUCGUGGAGAUAAUCAUUUUCGUAAGAGUUGGAAUGGUAAAAAUGACUUGGUCCAUGAUCAACUGAAAAAUAAAUUUUCAAAUCGAAAUGGACCACCUAGAUAUCACACUGGUCGACGAUCUUUUCCUGAAAGAAAUCAUCGUUAUGGUGGUCAUGGUAAAUACAAAAACUUAUCUUGGUCUUUAAAAGAAAGUAGCACUGGAUGGUAUUCAGUAUUUGUGCCAGAUGUUGAAGAUAGUGAUGAAGUUUUAAAAAUAAUACAAACUUAUAUCACACCGGUUGUAUUUUAUCCAUAUAAUAAACAAUAUUUUGAUAAUGCAUUAAGAUUUCUUGUUGAUGAUAGUGAAGUUGCUAAAGCAUUGCACAACGCUAGUUAUAAGAUAAUACAGAGAAAUGAUCGAAAAUUAACUAUAAAAGUGUCAUUAUAUUUGCCUCCACGUGGUCCUAUAUUAUUCACACCAGUAUCUAGUGAAGCAAAAGAGAAAAUGAUGGAGGCCAUGGAGACUCGUUACAAUCCUAGUAACAAGAGCUUGGAUUUGUCAAAAUUUUAUGCAUGUCCACUUUUUACCAAUAAUCAUCUGUUUAUAUCAUUAAAUCGACCAGCAGUUCUCUUGGCCGCACUUAACAUGGUUGCUCAACAUACCAAGCAUGACUUGUACGGCUUGAGUCUUGAAAACAAUCACAUUUAUCUAGGUGAAAGUCUCAAAUGGAUACGUAGGUUGUUCCCUGAACUGAAAGUGUUGAAUUUGGCUGGCAACAAAUUGUCUGAUUUAAAAGAACUUAAGUGUCUCUCAGGUUACACUAUUGAAGUGCUGAACUUGUCCAGAAAUCCCAUGUGUGUUACAAAGAAUAAGGAGGGCUACAGACGGGAUGUACAAAAAGUUUUUCCUAUGCUAAACAAGUUGGAUAACUCAGAUCUGCCAUCUCUGUACAGUUCGAUUGUUGGAUUCAAGUUUAAAAUGCCAAUUAACUUAGGGAAUUGUUAUCCAAUACCAGAAGGCCAUAAUCCUGAACUGCCAAAUCCAGUAAUGACUUUAGUAGAAUCAUUUCUCUCCAAAUAUUAUGAACGAUACGAUAACGAAGUGUCUAGACAAAUGGUUUCGGAAGCUUACAGUGAAAAUGCCAUAUUUACAUUAUCCAGUUGUUUUAUACCUAAAAAGAAUAAAGGUAGUUUGUCAAAGUACCUACCUGAAAGUAGAAAUUUUUUGAAAUCUGAUCAAAAAAAUGAAAUCAAACAUCGUUUGUUACAUAGAGGCAGGGAAAAUAUAAUGCACUUUUUAGACAAGUUACCUAAAACCAAGCAUGAUCAUGGCUCAUUCAUAGUUGAUGUUCCAUUGGCAACUACUUCAAUGGUUCAGAUUGUCCUAAAUGGUGUGUUUGCUGAAGGCUUUAAAGAAACCAACUGUAGGAAAAUAUGUCGAUCAUUUUGCAGAAUAUUCUGUAUAGUGCCAGUUGGAAGUGGUUUGAGUAUAAUUAGCGAUAUGUUUUUUAUUACCACAAUCAAUGAAGAUUUAUUAAUAGAGACUUCAAAACGACUCCAUGUUUUUAAACCAAAACCAGUUUCAUUAAAAAGGAAUAAUUUAAAUGGCAGUAGUAACCAAAAUAUAACAAUGUUUAUAGAGGAUACAGAUGGAAUAGAGUCAUCAUCAUCUUAUCAGCAACAACCCACAUUUUCAUUUGAUCGGUCUUUACCAGUGAUGACUCCUAUAAAUCCACAGCGGCCUUCUUACCAAGAAGGCAUGCAGACAUCUACUUCACAGAUCCACCAAAUAGCGCCUUCAGCAACAGUAAAUUUCCAACCAGACUUGCCACAGCAAUCAACUGCCUCAUUUUCUAUGCCCAACACAACAACUGUUUCAACAACUAAAUUUCCUACUAUAGAUCAAUUGUCGACUGAAGUGCCUGUAAAUUCGAUUAAGUAUGCCAAUCCCGAUAAGUUGACUAUGAUAAAGAGUUUCUCAAAUGAGUCUGGGAUGAAUAAAGAAUGGGCUGAAAAAUGUUUAGAAGAAAAUGGCUGGGAUUAUAUUAAAGCUGCUUCAAGUUUUUCACACAUGAGAUCUUAUAUUCCAACUCUAGCUUUCAUAAAUGAAUGAGUAUAAUUUGAUAUAAAUGAGUUUUAUACAAAACACAAAGAGUGCUACUUUAGAUGUCAUGAUGUUGACAUUGUGUAUAUAGUUGUUUUGGUUAUUUUUCUGUUGUAUAAUGUUAAUUACAUAAUAUUCACUUGCUAUUAUAAUAAAUAUUUUAUUUAGUUUUUUAGA